AUGGGCAGAAAGAGCUUCUUCCAGAAUGCAAAAAACCGGCAGAAAUGCCUUGAGCAUUAUGCAGCAAAUGGCUAUGUUUCAAGAGCUUAUAUCGAGGAGGAUACUAUACGCAAAAAGCAUGAUCGCACCGAUAAAGUCAAACAGCUGCAAAAGGAGUAUGAAGAGCUUUACAAGGCAUUCGGUAUUGGAAUCCGGGACGAUAACAGACUGCAAUUUGCUUCAGGUCUUCUGCUGCUUGUUAUUGCUAUAAGGCACGGAGCUCUUUACGGUAUCGACACUUUGGAUAAUAUAGCGGAGUACGAUUUCCGUUAUAGACCGAGAACCGAAAUCCUACUGCGCUGGAAGACAGAAGCUCUCGAAGUACCAGUAUUUCGAAAUGUCACAGCCUAA